AUUGAUAAUUUUUGUUAAUAGGAAGAAAAUGAAGGCGUCAGAUGUGAAGCUUAAGAGGAUCAAUGAAAGGUUAAUGUCGUUUUAUCACAGAAACUCUGAUGAUAAAUAAAUACUUCUCAGGCAUCAUAUCAAGCUCAGCAAACACACCAAAUAAAGGGGACCACUCAGCCAACCUGUCGAAGCUCGCCUACUUUUCUCAUAAAAGAGACAAAUAGGUUGUCCAAGAGCAGACACUCCUUCACCAGAUCGCUGCACAAAGGAGCGAAAGAGUUCGUGAAGAUGAAGAGGCAGCGGAGAGUGAGGCAGACCGAGUUCAACGGAAGUAAAUAAAUUUACAAUUAGAGAUCCUAAGUUUCACGAAGAAUCAUUGAAGUUACGUCUCUCAUCACCAAGGAAGGCUGCAUCAAACUAUUGCACUGCUCAUAUUCAUCCAACUUGCACAUGUGCAAAUUGAAAAAAACUGAAGGAUUUGAGUGACCUCUUAACCCAAUACAAAAAAAAUUAUGGUAUGGCUUGAGAAAAAGUUGUCUCUCUGGAGAAAGCCAAUUCAAAUUUGACCGAGGACCUCACCACAGCUCAAACAAGUCACGAAGAGAGUAUUUUCCAACUUCAGGCAUCUUUGAAUGAAGCAGAAACUAGUCUGAAUGCUAAAACCACCAAACUAGAACAGGUACUUCAGGAAGCUGAAGAGUUAAAACAAGAAAUAAUGAGGAAAGAAGAGGAAACUAAAGUAAAGCUUGAAAAUGAAAUCCAACGAAUAACUGAGAGACAUGAACAACAAGUUCAAGGACUGAAAAGGAAAUUAAAGAAAUCCAUGGAUAAAUGUAAUGGAAUGGAGAAGAAAUUUCAGAAAUAUAAGAGGCUGGCUAAACAAAAGAUUAAUCAUAAAGGAAUGCUAACUCCUAGUAAUGUCUUCACUCAUGACCAAGAUACACUUGUUGAAACCUCAAAUUUAUUGGUAAGCGUCAAGGACUCUGACUUCAAUCUUCAAGAAAAUAAUUGAGAAUCCUUCAAACUCGAGAUGAUAAGAUAUAAGAACAAAUGAAGAGAAUUAAAGAACAUCCUGUUUAGUUAUGAGAAUAGGGAAAAGGGUGGACAAAGAGAUAUUUCAAAAGUCUGGGACAAAGUCUGCCAAGUCAAGAAAACCACCGAUCAACUAGUUGCCAGCAGUGAGAAAGUUCUCCCACUCAAUAAGGCUGAUUCGAUCAAAGACUUCCUUGAUUUCAGCGAUUCGUCCCACUGGAGAAUCUCUGACUUCGAAGACGAGCUGGAAGACUUUCUGUCUGAGACUGACGACAACGUGCAGUUGAGGACAAUCCUACAAAGCUUGGGUGAGAUCAAUGCAAAGCUGAAUGAAUUAUUCCAAAAAAGCACAGAUGCAUUUGCUGACCAAGUAUCUAAUGAAUGAAGAAUCCAAUAAGUUCAAUAUUUAAGAAAAUAUAAG